AUGACAUCUCAAAUCCCCACCACAACACCCUACGCCUGGCCUCAUACCUCCUCUCUCCACCCCACCACAACCGCUCUCAUCAUCAUAGACAUGCAACGCGAUUUUCUCUCACCAGGCGGCUACCUCUCCUCGCAAGGCUACUCUCUAGCCCGUUUCGAGCAAUUGAUCCCUCGCAUCGCAUCCUUGCUAUCCGCAUUUCGCCGCCCAGGCUUCCCCAUCGUACACACAAGGGAAGGACACGAUGCCUCCCUCGCAACAGUCAGUAGUAGAGAAGCACAUCGGAGUCGGGUCAACGGUGCAGAGAUAGGGAGCCAGGGUCCGUUGGGCCAUCUUUUGAUCCGUGGGCAGGAGGGACAUGAGAUCAUUGAAGAGUUGAGGCCGGCGAAGGGAGAGUUGGUUAUUGAUAAACCUGGACGAGGGGCGUUUACGCACACAGAGCUUGAUAUGAUGUUGAGAGCGAAGGGGGUGAGGAAUUUGGUGAUUUGUGGGGUUACAGCGGAUGCGUGUGUGAGUAGUACGGUAAGGGAGGCGAGUGAUAGGGGGUAUGAUGUGUUGGUUGUGGAGGAUGGCGUGGAGAGUGUGAGUGAGGAGUUGAAGAAGUGGAGUUUGGAGAGUGUCAGAGUGGAGGGAGGGUUGUUUGGGGUGACGGGAUGGUGUAAAGAUGUGGAGGAGGCGGUGGGAAGCUGGAUACAGGAUAAGAAUGAGUGA